UUAUAUACCCCCACAGAGCUCACCUUCUUCCGCACCCAAAGCUUUCUCUUUGUUGCUUGCUCCAUCUUGAGCCUCUGCUUAAUUCCUUCUCUCUUGCUAAUUGUCUUCUUUUGAGUGUUAUGGCUAAGGACGCGGAGGUGCCAGAGAACGGCUCUUUCCCUGCCAAGGACUACCACGACCCACCUCCGGCGCCGCUCUUCGACGCCGUGGAGCUCACCAAGUGGUCCUUCUACAGGGCUUUGAUAGCUGAGUUUAUAGCCACUUUGCUCUUUCUGUAUAUCACGGUGCUCACGGUUAUAGGGUACAAGAGCCAGAUUGACCCUGCCAAUGAUGGCACUGCCUGUGGCGGGGUUGGGUUUCUUGGGAUCGCUUGGGCAUUCGGUGGCAUGAUCUUCGUUCUUGUUUACUGCACUGCUGGCAUUUCAGGGGGUCACAUUAACCCGGCAGUGACGUUCGGGCUGUUUUUGGCUCGUAAGGUGUCGCUGGUGCGGGCGGUAUGCUACAUGGUGGCUCAGUGCUUUGGAGCCAUUAGCGGUGUUGGGCUAGUCAAGGCCUUCAAUAAGGCUCACUACAUUAAGUACGGUGGUGGUGCCAACACGCUCGCUGAUGGUUACAGCACAGGCGUUGGAUUGGGCGCCGAGAUCAUCGGGACCUUCGUGCUUGUCUACACCGUCUUCUCUGCUACUGAUCCCAAGAGGAAUGCUAGAGAUUCCCAUGUUCCGGUUUUGGCACCACUCCCGAUUGGAUUUGCGGUCUUCAUGGUUCACUUGGCCACGAUUCCGAUCACCGGCACCGGCAUCAACCCCGCUAGGAGUCUCGGAGCCGCCGUUAUCUACGACAAGGGCGAAGCCUGGGAUGACCAAUGGCUCUUCUGGGUUGGACCAUUCGCUGGUGCAGCCAUUGCAGCUUUCUACCACCAAUUCAUCUUGAGAGCAGGUGCUGCCAAAGCUCUUGGGUCGUUCAGGAGCCACCAAAUUGUUUGAUUAGAAGAAGGAAGAAGGAUUUGAUAGUUGAGGAUCAUGAAAUUGUGUAGAUGAAUGUCUCUUUGAGAAAAGGGUGCUUUUUCUGUCCCACUUUGUCCUUCUACCCACUUGCCUUUCAAUUUACUUCCAUGUUGUCUUUUUCCCACUACCUUCGGUUCUUCUUUGUACUCCUUAUGCUUUUAAGUAACUUUUUGAACUGUAGAUCAA